CGAACCUAACCCAAAACGCGUCCGCUCGGGUUCGGCGACAGUCAGUUGUUUCCCGGUUGCCGUGGUUGCACCGUCGUCGGUAUCAGCUCGCCGAAGCCUCGCGCGUCGAUAAUACCAACGCCAACCGACCGACACACACCAGGGUCUCCGGCGCGUGCGACACGCCUUGUUCGUUUGCAAACCUGCUUCCGAUUUCGUCGGCGGCGGCAUCGUGCGAUUCAGUGCACAUGACUUGGGCCGUUCGGGUGCGUUCGUGCACAGUGCUCAAAACGGCGCCAAGUUAACACCUAACACCCGAGUCUCUUGGUGAAAGGGGAUGCUGUGACCAUCAUCAGACAUAAACAACGUGCGAGUGUACAUUUUACAAUUAAACAAUACACGACGACGAAUAAAUACAGUGCGACAACUUUAUCUUCACUAAAAAUAUUCGAAUCACACCGCAAGAUGUCGCAUUUAGUCACAGAAAUAAUCGACACAUACCAUGACAUAUUGGAGAACAAAAGUGAUCCGCGCGUCAGCGACUGGCCGAUGAUGUCCAGCCCGCUGCCGACGCUCGGCAUCUGCAUGUUCUACGCGUACUUCUCCAAGGUGCUGGGACCAAAGAUCAUGGAGAACCGGAAGCCGCUGAAUCUACGCGGUGUCCUGGUUGUCUACAAUCUCAUCCAGACGAUAUUCAGCGCAUGGAUAUUCUAUGAGUACCUGAUGAGCGGAUGGUGGGGCAGUUAUAGCUUCAGGUGUCAACCUGUUGAUUAUUCCACGAAUCCAAUGGCAAUGCGCAUGGCGAGAACGUGCUGGUGGUAUUUCAUCUCUAAAUUUACGGAGUUUGACACGCUGUUUUUCAUUCUACGCAAGAAGAACAGCCAGGUGUCGACGUUGCACGUUAUCCACCAUGGAUGCAUGCCGUUCUCGGUGUGGAUGGGCAUGAAAUUCGCUCCAGGUGGACAUAGUACAUUCUUUGCAUUGCUCAACACUUUUGUGCACAUCGUUAUGUAUUUCUACUACAUGCUGUCGGCCAUGGGCCCCGAAUACCAGAAGUACAUCUGGUGGAAGAAGUACCUGACCAGCUUCCAAAUGAUUCAGUUUGUGAUGAUUUUCACUCAUCAAUUCCAAUUACUGUUCACCGAGUGUAAUUAUCCGAAAAUUAUCAUGGUCUGGAUCGCCCUGCACGGCAUGAUGUUCUUGUUCCUCUUCUCUGAUUUUUAUAAAACCAAAUAUGCGGGCACGAAAACCGCCGUACGACGAAAUCAAGGAUUUUGCAUGCCAGUGGAAGUCAAUCAGGACGAGCGUUCGAAUGGCACUUCAAAGUCACUCACCAACUCGUACCUGCAGACGGACAUCGCCAAGACUUAUCAGGCGUGUUAUUCCAACGGUGUAAAUAAUGGUUUCGUCAGCCAGGAGAUCAAAAAUCGCGCCAACGGCAAAAACACCACAAGGCGUACUAGAUUUAUAUUUAUAGGUUAACCGAGCGAUCAGUUUUUGCCCGCAAUGGCGGCGGCAAAGUAACUUAUUAUUAAGUGCGCGGUGACUUUCUUAGCAUUUAAUACACACACACAAACACAACUAAAUAAAUAAAGAAAAAACAACAUCAACAAAAGCGAACACACACAAAAUAUGUAACAGAUAACUGCCAUGCUGUUGUGGUCAUCUUUUACACUCACACUUAGCGGGAGUUGAAAUUUUUUACUACCGGUGAUGUUAGAGUUGUGGUUAUGUUACUGUGCGUGUGUCCAACUACAACUGAUUUUCGGUUAUUGCGCUCAAUUUAGUUCUUUGCACGUCUGGUUCUCAGGGCUGAGGGGAGUUUGCAAGUCAUUUUAUUGUCGCGGGACGGAAGGCGUGGGUGGAUUUUAACUGUUGUAGCUUAAGUCAAAACUUUGUACAUUAACACACAGAAGAAACUACUUUUAUGUAUUAUGUUUAGUUUUUAAACUAAGUUGAAUUGUCGAAAGUCAAAAGCACUUCGAUUAGAUGAUAAGAAAGGAAAUCUCUAUUUGUUAUGUACUAUUUUUUGUUGGGGUGCUUUUGAUUAUUUAUUUUUUAUGCGUAAGUGUAUUUUAUUCUACAAUUCUUAAGAACAACAAAUUCGGAGGGGAGGAUUUAAAGAAUUACUACUACUGUUGCGAAAAAGAUGAAUAUUUAUAUAUUUAACUGAAAAAUUGAUAAGAUUAUUAGUGUUUUGUUUCGAUGUGAAGCCAUCAGUGCCUACGAGCUGUUUAAUGCCAAAUGUUAUGAUUUCUUGUGUUGGCAAACCGUUCGUUGAAAUAAUUGCAAGCGACAAAUCGACGCACAAAUCAUAGGAAAGUGGGGAUGUAGUAAUAAAACAUAACGUGUAAACCUAUUUUUGACCAUUCGACAUUGUGGUGCAGGUAGAGAAGCAGGUUUUGUUUGUUGUUUGUGUAAACAUUGCGUUUUGUGCAUCCGACGCUUCAUUUCAAGCAAUACUUCCACGUAUGUAAGUGUGUCAUGUAUAUUACGACGUUUUUAGACUUAAAAUGUGUAAGAAAAAACUCGCUGUUGUGAUCCCGCCUGCUAAUUGAAGCGAAAAUCCAUUUUGUUGGUGCGCGCGUUGUACGCUUUUCUUAAGCAGUAGGUAAUUACAGAAACUCUGAUUGCGUCGUUUUCCGAUUUGUAAAGUUUUGUUAUCGAUGUAUUUUUAUUAUGAAAGGAUGUAAAUAGCAUAGGGUUUAGUUUGUUAUUCAUUUUCUGCGAGACCACCGAAUAAUGCGAAUUGAAAUAAUGAGUAUUUUUGUAAAAAUGCGCGGAAUAUACAGAUUUAUGACAUUUUGAAAGUGGAACUUAUAAGAGACAAAUGCUAUAUCUAUAAAAAAGAGAAUUAUUUAAUGAUCGAGAAUUGAAAUAUUGAAAUACGUCUAUAAAUUACAAUAAAAUUGCUUCUUAUCAAACAUA